AUGCAAAUUUUGCCAAGAAUUUUCAGACAGAAUAUAAUAAAUAAAAAUCUUUACCGAUUAUAUACAAAUAAGAGCACAUUACAGGCAUGUAUUGAAUGUGCACCUCUCCUCGAACGAUCUUUAUUGAGGAUAUCCGGUCCGGAUGCUGCCACUUUCCUACAAGGUUUGAUUACAAAUGACAUCAAUACCACAGAACCGGCAUCUUAUGCCAUGUUGUUGAAUCCGAAGGGUCGAAUCUUAUACGAUAUCCUAUUAUAUAAAAAUAGAAAUGACGAUGAAGAAUAUUACCUUUUAGAAUGUGACGUUCGCGUAAAUACAGCAAUCGAGAAUCACUGCAAAUUUUACAAAUUAAGAUCGAAGGUUGACAUCGUCAAUGUAGAUCAGGAGUUAGCAGUAUGGUGGGCUAAAUAUAAUGAUAGAGAAUCGCUAGCAUUUAAAAAUGAGCCAAUUCUAAGAACGAAAGAUCCUCGUCUGCAAAAACUAGGAGAGAGGAUAAUAAUACCUCGUCACAAGAAUUUAUCUGAAUACGCUCAAAAUUUAAUCAAUGUAAAUUAUCAAGAAUAUGUGGAUGAUCGCAUGAAAUUAGGAAUUUGUGAAGGAGUAUCAGAAGUAAUUACAGGGGAAUCAUUACCAUUAGAAUACAAUCUAGAUUAUCUUGACGGAGUAAAAUUUGAUAAAGGAUGCUAUCUGGGACAAGAACUGACUGCUAGAACUUAUCACACUGGCGUUAUAAGAAAACGCCUCAUGCCGGUUAUUUUCUUAAAUCCAAUUGACGAUAAUGCUGCUUUCCUUGGCUCAACUGUAUUAAAUGAUAAGAAUAAAAAUUGUGGCAAGCUACGAGCUCUUUCGGGAAAGUAUGGGGUUGCAUUACUAAGAAUUGCUGAUAGCUUGUCUGGAUUGUUAUCUGUUAAAACAACAAACAACACUGAAGUAACUCUUACAGCCAGCAAACCACUUUGGUGGCCCCAAAAUAAUUAA